AUGACGCAUUCUGUGUGAGUUUUUGCUUUUCCUCAGUUCAAAACAGUAGAUGCGCAAAUAUUAUAGGGGCACCGCACAGAAAUGGCGCUCUGUUGAGAAACUCUUUUUGCAGUGCAAAUUGAGCGACCUCGGGGUCGAGUUUGAAAAGUUAGGCCACGUUUUCAGUGGAAAAUUACUUCGCGGCCUAGAAAUUCUGCCAGAUUGCGAACAGCGCGCCCUUUCUGUCCGGUGCCCCUAUAAUAAAUACGGAGGUAUUCGAAAGAAAAAGCAAUGCCGUUUACUUCUCGUUUCUCACGUUUUCACAGGAAAGUGCACACGAUUGAUCUAGAAAGAAAAAGAGAAAUUCCAUGUGGUCAGUUUCACGGAUAGAGAGAGUGAGAGCCUAACAAUAGUUUGUGUAAGCAAUCGAAUCGCACUAUUGUAAAGGACAAAUUGAACAUUGAGAGAGUGAGAGAGUUAUUGAAGUUUUUAAACAAGCUUCUAGCUAGCUUUUUGUCGAUUCUUGCAAAAUCUCAACAUAAUCUCAACAUAAUCUCAACAGCCUUACAAGCAAUACCUGUGAAAAAUAGAAGAAACAGAAGUGGCGGCUUUGUUAUUCCGAGGAGAAGGCCGUCAAUCGCGUGCUACCUGUAGAAAAACGGACUUCUCGGACGGCUUGCUUCCAUUCAUUUGGCUGCUGGUAAUGGAAUUGGAAGGGGCGGCUCAAUUCGGUUCAGAGUGGAGAAUAAAGAAAACAGAAAGAAUCUAGCGUAGUCGAAUUAAAUAGAAGGCGUGCUCAGAUGGAGCAUCUCGAUUGGCGAGACGCAGAGGUAAGCACACGUCUAUUGAUUCUGGCGGCGUUAGCCUUGAAGCCACCCCCGCCCCUUCUCUCUUACACGCCCCUCUUGGUUCCCUUCUCAAAUAUCCCCUCAUUCUCCCCAAUCCAAACUGGACCGAAUUAUCCCUCCUAACAAUUCCGAAAUGAACGAGCCCGACGAAGAAUCACCGUCGCGAAUCGCGCGGUCCCGAUCUUGCGAACCUCCCGGAUCAACCGGACGUAGUCGUGAAUCGCGCGGUUCCUUGUGGAUGUCCAUGGGAGUUCAUGUCGAAAGUUCCAGAAGACGUCGAAUGUCGAAGGCGCGUCGCGAGUCGCAGAGCAUCGAGCUCUCCUCCCUCGGUGAGUCUUUCUUCACAACUAUCGGUGGAUUCGGCAGAAGUGGUUCAUUUCCCUACGUCCCGUCGGGUUAACUAGACGAACGAUGUAUGGCUUUUCGUGUUUGAAAUAGCGUUCGGGAAAGUGUUUUCCUCUGCGUUGAUGGAUGAUCUGGUGAAAUAGGGAAAGCAAAUUAAGGAGACAGAAGAUGCCAUCCGAAUGACGUGAUGACAGAUGAUCGCGUUGCUCUUUUCGAAAAAGAGCACAUAGAGAUUAGAGAAUUGGCGGGAAAUUCCCUACGUUAUUAUCUAGUUGAUUGCUUUUCAAACGCAAACACUAGUUCGCUUUUUCGUCACCUAGGCAACACCAUUUUGGUGGUUUGGUCUUGAAGCUCGAAGGGGGGAUUUCUGGUCGGGCGAGCUCUCUUCGCCUGAACGCUAACCGUGGCCAGCUGAAGAGGUAUACAUAGUAGUCGGAGAAUUGUUUAUGUUCACACGGAAGCCUUCGUUAGAUAGCCAAUUGCAGCAAAGAAGUAAUGCUUUCAAGGUCCGCAAUUAUCUAUUCCAUUGAAUCCUUUUCAUCGCUCCGAAAUGCACUCGUUUUCCGUCUUCCACUCGGUUAACUCAUCUCUCGCGACAAGACGCCGAAGAGCUGGGAGAAGAAAGAGCACGUGAAAUUCAGGCGAUUCAAAACUUCCAGUUCCAAUGCUCAAUGCUCAAUCGAAGAGACGGAGACAUGAAGAGCAGCGGGUUGCUCAUCGGCUUCGUCGUCGUCGUCUUCCUCUCCUUCCUCUUCUUUUUCUUCUUCCCUUCGAGCGGAUGAGCCCCGGAUAGGCGGGUGCACGGCGUACACAACAGCGUGUGCUCCGGGGGCCUCCACGACGCGCGCACACGCAGAAAGCACAAAAAGCAUUCGCGUAGUAGGUAGCCGGCUCCGAUGCUGCGGACUCUCCCAAUUACACGCUGUCUGACUCGGAGAGCCUAUGCCACUGAUGAGAGAAAAGGGUCCAGAAGUUGGGCGAGGAGAGCAGGGACUACUGAAGACGAGGCACAAGACGAUUGGCACGCGCCGCGCAUUUUCUUCGUCCACAACAACUGUUCAGCGCUUCUUGUGCCGGAAACAUUGAAGAUGUGGGAAGAAGCGCUAAACUAAAAAAGUAAUUAGGUAGAAAAACAAGGAAAAUAAUAAGGGGAUGUGGAGGUACGAAAAACAUACUGGGAAAAGUCAUAAAAGAGUCAUUGUCAGAUGUGGCAUCUGAUUAUCGAUUAAGAAAGUGCGGAAUUACUCUAACAUUGACUAGAAUGGAGCUUCAUUACGCUUUCAUGAAAUGCCCACAAUGAGGUCAUAAAACCGCUCAGAACUACUUCCAAAGUUUGACGUACACACUUCUGCUCCGGAAAAAAACUGGUGACGGUGAAGAACCACGCCACAUAUUUUAGUUGUCGGGACUGUUCUUUACUAUAAUACGCUUAGCUGUCAUCUCGGGCUCUUCAGUCCGAAAUUGGCAUCGAGAAUGCCAAAAAUGGUAUUGGCCGCCUUCAUCCACCAUCAAUCAACAAAAUUUGCAAUCGUAAUCGGUCUUGAAAGAAGCGAUAAGCGGCGGGUGUGUUAAUACUUCGCACUCGGUUCUUUCCGAGUGUGGUCGUACGUAUCACACCUUCAUACUACUUUCUACUACGAUUCUAUGCUCGUCAGUCGUCGAAAAUGCAAAACUGCGCAAGUUGUGAACACAUCACUCGCCUUAGCAAGAGAAAUGAGGACCACUUCUGUAAAAGCCAUCUAAAAUUGGGCGAUAGUAAUCUUAAUUCGAACAUUUUCAGCUCCGGGCACAAGGGUGAUGUUCCUGCUGAAAGAAAAGGAGAACACUCCAGCUCUGUUCACCGAAAUGGGAGAAUUAAACAACGACGAAUGGAGAGAAACAGCCAGAUGGGUCAAGUUCGAAGAAGACGUUGAGCAGGGCGGAAACAGAUGGUCGAAGCCGCACGUCGCCACGCUUUCGCUUCAUUCUCUUUUCCAGCUCAGAAGCUGUAUUAUGAACGGACUGUUCUUGAAUGAUCUGGCCGAAAGUGACAUUCCAUCCAUUUUCAGUGAGUUUUUGACUUUUUCAUUUCGGUUUAAUCUGCCUUACUUUCAGAUGCCGUCAUCGAGAACCUCGUCAGAAGUGGUGACCUGGAGGCAGAGAAUCGCGAAGAACUCCGCGAAAUUCUUCUCCGCAAACACGUCCACCAGUACGAGCAGGUAGGCGACCGGUUCCCACGUGGAAUGCCCCUUACCGCUUCUACUACAUUCCUUCCUUGUAACAACUCAACAGUAGAGUGAUUUGUUCCGCUUUGUAGCCGCCCUUCUGGGCCAUCUCUCGCUGGUUUGACGACUUAGUGGCGGCCGCCUCGAGCCCAUCCACGUCGCGCACCUCAAGCCUUUCAAGUCACUCUCUGUCGCCGCAGGUCUUUCCCUUCGUGUGCCUGAUGUGAUCUUUGCCAUAACCAACCAACCAACUCUUCUGUUUUACCAAUCUCACUCCAUUGUUUUUUCGAGCGAUAAGGUGAAAGACGGCCAUAAGCGGCAUUUCUUGAUGUUGCCAAUCUUUUAUCAGCACGUUGUGAUAGCGAAUUGGAAUCUGAAAUGGGAGCAGAGAGCGUAAAAAUGUGCGAAAGCCCUACAAAUAGCCUAGUGAUCAAGCUCAAAAAGCAGGAUUCAAAAUUCCAAUUAUUUUGUUCCGCUUGCCAGUGGGACGUGCUCUCUCGAGAUCCCUCUGCAAAAUUGCCGCGUGCUAUUUGCUCUUUGCUCUUAGUUUCCUUGCGUGCAAACGUGCCACAAUGAUCGUAAUCUAAAAGAAGGCUGCUGAUCAUGGCGGCGCCAGCUGAUGCUCCCUUAUCAGCCUGCUCCUCUGUUCCGAGAAGUCAUGACGUGAAGCGAUCGAAAAACCAUUGUCCGCGGAGCACGCAAGUAUCUCUCCUCUAUUUACCCUUUCACAAAAUUUUGUAAUGGUUGGAGAAAAAAUGAAGGGCGAGACAAGACCGAUUGUUUGAUUUCUGCGUUUUUUUGUUAUUGAUAAUGAUGAAUGAUUUUGCAAUGUCCGCAAGAAACGAGAGAAAGAGAGAGAUUUAUCCUUUUCAGGCCAAGAAAAACGGAGCCGGCGGAGAAAAAAGUGGAUUUCUCAGCACUGUCCGCUCGAUUUCCGACAUUGGAAAAUCAUUUUCCCAUGGAAAGAAUCUGGGUAAAAUCGAGGAGAAACCAGAAGGACCGGUCGGAACUCAGACUUCCGGGGCGCCAGCUGGUUCCGCCAAUCAGCUCACACUUCCGACGGUCAGUUAGAACUUUAGAUGUGCGUUAUCUUCUAACAUUUCAGGUGGAAUCAGUUCCGAAAGACAUCUCCAGCGACGAAGCCUCCAAGGGGAACCUUCAUUUCCUGAAGAAGCUCCCAUCUGGAGUAGAAGCCAGCAACGUGCUCAUAGGAGAAGUUGACUUCCUUACUCGCCACAUUUGCUGCUUCAUCCGUCUGAAGAACGCGAACCAGCUGGGCGAUCUGACUGAAGUUCCAGUCCCUACCAGAUUCAUUUUCCUGCUCCUCGGCCCAACUGGACAUGGUCAGCAGUACAGAGAGAUCGGAAGAGCCAUCGCCACCCUGAUGGCCGAUGAAAUCUUCCACGACGUCGCCUACGGAGCCCGUGAUGUUGAUGAUCUUCUCGAUGGAAUCGACGAAUUCUUGGAUCAAGUGACAGUUUUGCCACCCGGUGAAUGGGACCCGAACAUUCGUAUCGAACCACCGACGAAGCUGCCGUCCCAAGAGAAAAGAAAGCAGAUUGGAAAGGAGCUGCUCGUGGAGCCCUCCACUCAUAAGAGUGUCAAAAAGGUGAUCGAAGAGGAAGACGAGCAUUCGCACGGCAACGAUCCGGCACUGAAAAGAACCGGAAAGAUGUUCGGAGGACUCAUUCUGGACAUCAAAAGAAAGGCUCCCCACUUCGUUUCCGAUUUCACCGACGCGUUCAACAUCCAGUGCCUCGCCUCCAUCUGCUUCAUGUACUUCGGAUUGCUCGCACCGAUCGUCACCUUCGGAGGACUGCUCGAGGAAGCGACUCAUCAGAGAAUGGCGGCCAUGGAGAACCUUUUCGGAGGAGCUCUCUGCGGAGUCAUCUACCACUUCUUCGCCGGACAGCCACUUACAAUCGUCGGAUCCACUGGUCCCGUGCUUGUUUUCGAGACCAUUGUCUUCGACUUCUGCCAUCGUUUCAAGAUUAACUAUCUGAGUUUCCGUGUCUGGGUUCACAUCUGGACUGCCUUCAUUAUAUUCGUAAUGGUCGUCACCGACGCGUCCUCGCUCGUCUCGUUCAUCACCCGUUUCACCGAGGAAUCUUUCGCCACUCUCAUCGCUGUCAUCUUCAUUUACGAGGCCAUCAUGAAGUUGGUGAAGAUCAAGGGACAACUCGACAUGAUCAAUUACUCGCGCGAUUUCGUCGAAGGAGGCUUCUGCGCGUGCGUGCCGCCCGUCGGAAAGCGUGAGUUCUCUCUGUUCUUCCUCAUUAAACAGUUUUUAUUUUCAGCAAGUGUUUCUCCGGACCAUGCCCGUCUUGUCAUCAAGAGCUCCGGACUUCCGAUCGCUUUCAACGACACCUUCAUCGAUUAUUCGGCCGCCAACCUCUCCGACUGUCGUUCGAUCGGAGGCUCUUUCGACGGAACAACCUGCUUCCCGCUCUACGACAAGCUGCUCAUGUCGAUCCUUCUGACCGUGGGAACCUUCUUCCUUGCCACCACCCUCAAGAAGAUGCGUAACUCGUGUUACUUCCCGUCUCGCGUUCGUCAGCUUCUCUCCGAUUUCGCCGUUAUGAUCGCCAUUUUCUCCAUGACAUUGGUCGAUAUCACCGUUGGAGUGAACACCCCGAAACUCAAUGUCCCGAGCACGUUCAGAGUAAGAAUCCCUCCUAGCCAUUCAUUCAAUCAUUUUUCCAUUUCAGCCAACCUGGGAAGGACGUGGAUGGUUCAUUCCGCCGUUCGCUGAAAAUGAAUGGUGGACCGCCCCACUCGCCCUGAUCCCCGCCCUUCUCGCCUGCAUUCUGAUCUUUAUGGACCAGCAGAUCACCACUGUCAUCGUGAAUCGCAAAGAGAACAAACUGAAAAAAGGCUGCGGAUACCAUCUGGACCUUCUCGUUCUCUCCGUCUCUAUCCUGAUGGUCGGCUUCCUCGGCCUUCCGAUCUACGUCGCCGCCACCGUCCUUUCCAUCAAUCACAUCAAUUCUCUGAAAGUGGAAUCCGAGUGCAAAGCACCGGGAGAAGUGGCGCAGUUCGUGGGAGUCCGUGAGCAACGUGUCACCGGUAUCGUCACCUUCCUCAUCAUCGGUCUCUCCGUCCUCGCCACGAACGUCCUCGGCCGCAUUCCGAUGCCCGUCCUUUACGGAGUCUUCCUCUACAUGGGCAUUUCCGCUCUCGGCGGCAUCCAGCUCUACGAAAGAACUCUUCUUCUGUUCAUGCCGAUGAAAUAUCAACCGGACACCAUCUACAUUCGCCACGUUCCAAUCAAAAAGAUUCACCUUUUCACUGCCUUCCAGAUCGGAUGUUUGGCCCUUCUCUGGGUCAUCAAAUCCAUCAAGUCCACCUCGAUUUUAUUCCCAAUUAUGGUAAGACUCGUCUUUUGACGAGAAGAUUUUUCAUCGGGUGUUCUAUUUCAGUUGGUUGUGAUGGUUGCCAUCAGAAAGGGAAUGGAAAAGGCGUUCACCACCACCGAUCUUAAGUAUCUCGAUGAUCCGAUGCCGGAUUUCCAUCUCAGAAAGAAGGAAGACGCGAAGAGAAGACAGAGCGAGGUAACGAACUGAAUCGAUCUUCGAUGUCAUCAAUUCUUCUAUUUACAGGGUGAAGCAGUGGAAAUCGAAUUUGACAAUGAGAAUCAGGCGACGAUCCACGCCGUCAAGACGGAAGCUCAUCUCCACAUUCCGAUGGCUUCGGGAAAUGUUAUCAAGAUUCCGUUGGCCGCAAUUCAGGAGCCGUCGCAUUCAAUUAAUUUAACGAAGGAACUGAACAACAGCGGCAUGUGGAAGCACAUUUCGUCGGCCGAUUCGAAGAAUUCGCUCGUCAGAGAUGUGCCCGGUUCAGAUCCGUCGACGAGUCGAGAUGCUCCGAUAGAGCAGCCGGAAGAUGACGACGAUCCGAUCAUGAUCAAGGUGAGUGCACGUCUUUUCCGAUCCUUCAGAACCUCUAGUUCCCUUGCAGGUAAUCCGCCCGUCUCCACACAACUCGACUUCCAAUCUGACGGAGAACACUCCGCUUCUGAAGGAAGAUCCGAAGGAUUCAUCGUCGCCGUCGGAGCCGAAGGUCUAG